CCAAGGCUCCGAUUGGCUUAGAUAUAUUCUCAAAUCCCCUUAGCGGCCCUACAGCUUGGCAAGGAGACUUCUUCUGGUACUUGGAGCAGCCCAGCAGAGGGGUUAAGCUGAAACGGCUGCUGAGGCUCCAAGAUGACACCAUACAGACUGCCUGUGAUUUUCUGUCUCUGCGGUUGUUUGGUGCAGGUCCAUCCCUUUGACUGGACAGACCUAGGUCCAAUUAAGCAUAUAAAAUCAACAGGUUCAGUGACAACUCCUGCAAAUUGGAAUGCCCCUUUGAGGACUGGAGAAAAAUACCCACUGAUUAUUUUUUCUCACGGACUUGGAGCAUUCAGGACAAUUUAUUCUGCUAUUGGGAUUGAACUGGCAUCUCAUGGGUUUAUAGUUGCUGCUGUAGAACAUAGAGAUGAAUCAGCAUCAGCAACUUUUUACUUCAAAAAUGAAUUUGCUGCAGAAAGAGAUAAUAAGUCCUGGAUUCCCUACAAGCAUCUCCAGUCACAGAAUAUGGAGUACCCACAACGCCAUAAACAGGUACUUCAAAGAGCAGAAGAAUGCUCUAAAGCUCUUAAUUUGAUGCUUGAUAUUAAUGAUGGGAAAACAGUGAAGAAUGUUUUGGAUUCUCCGUUUGAUUUGCAGCAACUAAAGGAUGCUAUUGACAGUAAGAAAAUAGCGGUAAUGGGACAUUCCUUUGGUGGAGCCACAGUUCUUCAGUCUCUUGGUGAAGACAAGAGAUUCCAAUGUGGUAUUGCCCUGGAUGCAUGGAUGGUCCCUUUAAGUGAUGAGUUGUAUAAUAGAGUUCCCCAGCCACUCUUCUUUAUCAACUCUGAAAGAUUCCAGACUCCAGAAAAUGUCAUGAAAAUGAGAAAAUUCUACUUACAUGAUAAAGAAAGAAAAAUGAUCACAAUCAAGGGAUCAGUCCAUCAGAACUUUCCUGACUUUACGUUUGUGACUGGUAAAGUACUUGGAUGCAUAUUCUCAUUAAAAGGAGAUAUUGAUUCGGUUGUAGCCAUUGAUUUAAGCAACAAAGCAUCAUUAGCUUUCUUGCAAAAGCAUUUAGAUCUUCAGAGAAAUUUUAAUCAAUGGGACCAUUUAAUUGAAGGUGAAGAUAAAAACCUCAUUCCAGAUAGCAAUGCUGAUUCAGUUACAUACCUUUCUGAGUACCCGGAAUAAAGAAAUGUGCAGUGUCAACCAACCCAUUUAAAAAAAAACAAACUAAAUUACGUUUCACUGAGACCGCAGUUUUUUUUUAACUAUUGCCCACAUACUUCUUAAAAUAUAGACUAUGUUAUAAUCAUUGGUUAAGACUCAUCUUGAUUAAAGUGACUGAAGUUUAUUAUGCUUAAAUUCAAAGGAGUUCAGUGUACAAAAUUCAUAGCAGCCUGUAUUUUUAUUAUUCUCAUAUUUGGGGGUGUUAAUGUUUAUGAAACAUUUCUACAUUGUCCGCACUUUCUGAUGAAGGGCUAAUUCAGGUAGUGAUUAGUGCCCCUCUCACAGUUCAGCAAACCAGCAGCAAAGACUCAUCUGCAAAAAAUAAUUGAGUUGAUAUCAUCUUGGUUAGCAGGAGAGAAAGGGAGUAAGGGAUGGGAAUGAAGGUUGUAUUCACACUUACUUCCUUUUACAUUUCAGAUAUGGGGCACUAAACACCUUUGAUCCAAGGAAAGAAGGAUCAGGGAGAAAGUGCCAUUCAGGGUACCGAUUGGUGUCUUCCCCCGGUACCCCAGGUGGUAUAAUUGUCCCCAAACUAAUGACCAUCAGACACUUCACAGUACAGAGGAGGUAGGAAUAUGAAAGUAGGAGGAAAAACAGCUAGGUGGGGAAAGAAAGCAGCCAGAUAUUGCUAGUUACUCUUUAACAUAAUCCUUUGUCUAGCACAGAAAAAAACAAAACACAUUCCAUUUUCUGAGCAAAGAGUUUUAUAAUGGAAAAAAGACUUAACAAGGAAAUGUCUUAUCAGGAUAAUUAUAGUAUAUAUUCAAGAAUUUUAUGAGAAUAUUUUUCCUAUAUUUUCAAUCUUGAAAUAAAAAUUAUAAGAUUAUAUGUAAAACUGUGUGAUGGGGUAAAAACACAAAUACACUAUUUACUGGAACCUAGAUCCUUAACAGAAAACUGCUCUUUUGAGAUCUUAACCAAAUAACUUCACUUUCACAUCAGUAUUUCUUAAUCAAUGAUACCCUGAUUCCAAUCAGAUAGGAAGGGUCUAAGAAAACUGAGGUGGUGUGGAGUGUGGGAAUAUAGAAAAAUACAUACAUUGGAUCAUCAAUACAGAAGGAAACUUGGACAGCCUGUAGUCCAAUUUGCUCCUUUUUAAAAUAAGAGCCAGAAAACAAAGAUACCCAUUGAUUGAAAUGGCUUAAACAAGUAGUAGUAACAUGAAUGAAAUGAAAUGUGACUGUACUACACCAAACAAUGAAGAGUGAAUACAGAGAGGAGUGGAAAGAUGUGUAUGAACUGAUGCAAACUGAACAAGUAGAACCAGGAAAACAACAUACACAAUGUAAUGUCUACAAUGAUGUAAAUGGAAAACAAUUGAGGGUGAAUGUUGUGAAAUUAUAAUCUCCAAUACUGGACUCCCAAAAGACAUGAGAAGCCAUGUCUUCUCCUGUACCAUCUUUUUUUUUUUUUUUUAAAGAGGUGGGAGACUGCAGGUUUGGAACAUCACAGAAGUCAACUUUCAAUGGAUUGUUGACCUGUUUUUUCUUCUCUUUUUGUUAUAAGAGAUGGUUCCCUGGGAGGGGCAAGGAUACAUGGGGAAUUAUAGGUGAUGUAAAAAUGAAAGAUAUCAAUAAAAAACCCUCUUUUUUUCCAAAAUGAAGUACAGGAAGCACAAGUGAUUUUGUCUAAGUCUUAUGCAAUCCAGGUCUUCUGAUUGCCAACUCCAGUGUUUUCUCACCGCCAACCUGCAUUUCCUCCGAGAGUCUUCUCCAAGACUCCAAGAGUCAUGAAGCUCAUUAGGUUGGAGUUCUCCAGUCGUUUCCAUGCACUCUGAUGCCAUGUGCUUAUUGACAGUUAUUCAACAGACCUUCAGUCUCAAUUUUGGUACUUCCAGCCUUGGUACAGAUAACAAGUCAUUCACACCUCCUUAUUCACUACUGCCAUUGUUUUUGGUCUUCAAUAGAACCCAAUUUGCUGAA